AUGGCUGGGGAGGCUGUUGAUGCGCAGAAGGCUGUUGAUAGCUUUGGGGUUUCGAUUUCGGCGAGGUUUGGUCAGGUUGGGCAGCAGGUGAGACCAACGCCCACGCCAGGACGAGACGAUUCCGGUGAACGAGCCGUUUCAGCUGCCAUUGAAGGUCGCUGCGCCCUGGCGAAGCAGAUGAGGGAGCGGGUUGAGGGUCUUCAGCCGGCGAUGGGGGAACCAACGGAGACUGCGAACGUGACCACGGACGCCAACACGAAGCUUACCACCAGUGCGACCCUGGAGUCAGGAGACCCGCUGCCCUCUUGGAUGAGCUUGAAGGAAUCCGACAAGUCCAACUUCGGAGAUGCGGAGCCCUUCUACUUGUCAGGCACUCCUCCGGAGCUUGGAACAAGCAAGCUCAAGAUCCAGACCAUCGAUGAUCAGGGACGAGUCUGGGACAUCGUGCGGUUCAACCUGGAGGUGGUCGACCAAGUGAGGCCUUCCCAGGCGGCCUUGACGGCGGCCACGCCGGUGGCCGAUCGCUCGGGCACGCUGGUGGCGUCCGAGCUGCCGGAUGGCCAGGGGCACGUGGGUGAGAGCUUCAGCUACGAGGUGCCACCCAACACGUUCACCGACUCCAGCGGCUCCAGUUUGAUGUUGAGCGCCUCGCCUUUGCCCGCCUGGCUCACCUUCGAUGGGCAAGUCUUGCGCGGCAUCCCGCUGGAACAGGGAGAGAUCCAGUUGCAAGUGAAGGCCACCAACAAUGUAGGACGCUCGCAGAGUGUUCCCCUGCGCAUCAACGUGGGCGAUGGCGAUGCGAAAGAGGGGGCCAAGAGUUUGUUGGACACGGCAGACAUUCAAUCGAAGACUGGACCGACUGCCUCAGCCUUGCCCGAUGCUUCAGGAAAGGUGGGUGACCUCUUCAGCUACGAGGUGCCCAAGGGUUCCUUCGUGGAUCCCACGGGUGGUCAGCUGACCUUGUCCGUGAAGCCCUUACCAGCCUGGCUCACCUUCGAUGGCCUGAAGCUCAAUGGGGCACCCACCGCACCCUCAGAGUUGAACCUCGAGGUCAAGGCCACCAAUGCCAAUGGCCUCUCGACCAGCGUCCCCUUGCAUGUCACCGUGGUGGAGAAACCCAGCAGUGCGAGCGUGGGCAGCGGGUCUGCUGCGAGCAGUUCUAAGCCGGUGGCGGUGCAGGCGGCGGCGCAGCCCGUUCUCCAACAGCAGAUGGAUGUGGUGACUGCUGCAUCCUUACCUGAUGGUCACGCGCCGGUGGGUUAUCCCUUCGAAUACACCAUUCCCGCGACCACCUUUGUGGAUCACCAUGGAGGUGGCUUGAAGCUGCAGGCCUCGGGGCUUCCCAGCUGGUUGUCCUUCGACGGGAAGACCUUGACAGGCACUGCGCCGCAGAAGGGAGUCGUAGAUCUGGAGAUUGUGGCCAAGAACAAGCUAGGACUCACGGACAAGGCACCGCUGCGCAUCCACAUGGAUGACACGGAAGGUGCGGGAUGA